CCUUUCAACCUCUGAUCACAGUCUGGUUGUAAUAAAGAAAAAGAAAGAUAAUUAUUUCCAUAUGAAGAUUUGUGAUUUCAAAUCCAGUUACCAGCAGCUUCUGAAUGUCAUUUUUCAGUGAAGGAUAGGGUACUACUUUUCACUCCUAAACUUGCUUUGGACCCAGUUGUUGCCAGGUACGGUCUGGAAUGCUAUUUGUAUCCUAGUGGGAAUGGUGCAGCUCUUUGAGUUGUACCUCGCACUGCACUUUGUAUUUGCUGGAAUCUGUCACAGGAGGGUGGAGAUUGGUCGUGCGAAGUGAAGAGAGACAUUGAAGAUUGCACUAUGAAGGGAGCAAUUGUUUUAAUCUCUUUCAUUGCAAUUGCUUUUGCAAAGAAAUUCAGGUGGUGCAACUUAUCUGAAAUGGAACAGAGAAAAUGUGCUGAACUUUCCAAGGCACUCCAAGCAGCGUUACCUCCCACAACAAAGAAUUCAUUCACCAAGUUGUCUUGCAUUAAAGCACACAGUACAAAGGAUUGCAUCAAAAAGAUACGGGGAAACAAGGCGGAUGCAAUUUCAUUAGAUGCUGGUGAUGUCUACACUGCUGCAAAAUUUUAUGACCUCACUGUUGUGGCAAAAGAAAUGUAUCAGGAUGGCGGCUGUUUGUAUUCUGUGGCAGUAGUGAGAAAUGAGAGUCUGGAUAUUCAGCAGCUAAGAGGAAAGAGAAGCUGUCAUAAUGGUGCUAGACAAACGGCAGGCUGGAACAUUCCCCUAGGAUUCCUGCUAUCCCGGAAUUACCUUCACUGGCACGAGAAUCAAACCGUGAUCGAAGCCACCAGUAAGUUCUUCAGUGCAGCCUGUGCUCCAGGGGCAGGGAUCUCUUUCCCCAACCUCUGCAUGCUCUGCCGUGGUAAGAAAUCCUACAACAGAGACAGAAAUUACUUCUGUGAAACCACUGACAAUGAGCCUUACUAUGGUUCCGAAGGUGCACUCAGGUGUUUGGAAAAGGAAAAUAGUGAUAUUGCCUUUCUAGAUAGCACAGCUCUGGUCAACAUCAAUGCAUCAGAAUCAACGAAAUAUAAACUGCUUUGCACUGAUGGAACCCAGGCGAAUCUGAAGGAUUUCAGAAAAUGUAAUCUUGGACGGGGGCCCGGCAAUGCUAUUGUGACCAGAUACAACUACAGAAAGAUGACACGGAAAUUUCUUGCUGUGGCUCAGCAUCUCUUUGGGAGAAACGGAAAGCAGUCACGACGGUUCCAGUUAUUCAGCUCGGCCAGCUUCAACGGGAGAAAUCUGAUGUUUCAAGACGCCACUGAGAAGCUCCUGCUUCUUGCAGACAAUGCAGACAUCAACCAGGUGCUGGGGUUAGACUACAUCGCUCUGCUGAAAGGACUGGGUCACGCAGGGAGCUCCUUGGAGAACAGCAUUGUGCGUUGGUGCUGCAUUAGUGCAGCUGAACAGAGCAAGUGUGAAGAAUGGGCCCUGAAUACAAAAUCCGACCCAUUAGUCUGCAUCCGAGCGACAUCAAUGAGCGACUGCAUAGAAAUGAUAAAGAGGGAUGAGGCUGAUGCUGCCUCCCUUGAUGCAACUCAUGCUUACAUUGCUGGGAACUGCGGUCUGGUCCCUGUGGUGACUGAAUAUUAUGGGGAAAAAUGUGCAACAGCCAAUGGGAAUAAUGGAGAGGCUCACUUUGAGGCAGAAGUUUUGCCUCCGGUCUAUGCUGUUGCUGUGGUGAAGAAGACUUCCCGGAGUGAGAAAAUAUUUAAUCUAAUGGGAAGGCGAAGCUGUCACGGCCACAUGUACAGCCCAGCAGGUUGGCUUCUCUUAACAAAAUACACCAUCAAAUCCGAUCAAAACAGCACCGACAUUUGCAACAUCAAUAAAGCAUAUACAAAUUACUUCCGCAAAGGCUGUAUGCCAGGAAUGAAUGUUAAAGGCAAACUUUGUAAAGUCUGCAUUGGAAGGGAGCAAGCUGGGACAAAACCGUUUAAUCAAAAGUGUGCAGCAAACCAUGACGAGCUUUACUAUGGCAACAUGGGCGCCUUGCGGUGUUUAGUUGGGAAUCGCAGUGGGAAAAGCUUUGGAGAUGUUGCCUUCCUCGAGCAUCACAACUUAAUGGAAAACAUAGAGAGUCUGGGCAAAAAUGAAUGGGCUGAUGGUUGGAGUCCUGAUGACUUUGAGUUGCUCUGUCCAGAUGGAGAACGUGCCCCAGUCACAGAGUGGGAGAAAUGCAACCUGGGCUCCAUCCCUCCAAAUAUCGUGAUGACCAGGUCUGUCAUCACCACCAAAAUCUAUGACUUCCUGAUGAAAUCCCAGGAACAUUUUGGGGUUAGCUCCGACUCUGAAUUUCAGCUUUUCCAAUCCCACAAAUAUGGGGAAAGGGAUCUGCUUUUCAAAGACUCCACAAAGUGUUUGACUCAUGCAACUCACCUCAACUACAUGAACAUCCUGGGUGAUGAAUUCUUUGAUCUAGCAGAAUCCGUUUUCGGUUGCACAGAUUCAGAAAUUCUCGAGUUUUGCACUCAGGAUGUUUGCAGCACCUUGUGAGUGGGACACUUCAACCGACUCUCAGACUCUGGUGACAUGGAGCGACCCUGAGCUGAGUGUAAUUUUGGUCUUCAUUGGGAUUAGGUUACUUCAUACACUACCUUUAAGGCACUGGGCAAAGUGCUUGGUCAAAUUCUUCAGUGUUAUUUUAAUGCCGUUGGUAAUUGUUUAAAAUGCAUGAGUUAAACUUGUGCAGUGAUUUUGACAUUGGCAACUAAUGUAACAAGGAUGAUACAGAUUCAGCAGCUUUAUAGACCUCUCAGUUUUAAUUUUCAUUGAGUUUGACGGCUCAAUUAACAUAACUUGCUUGAUACCAUUGCCCAUCAAACUCACUCACAUUGUGACAAAAUAGCAUGUAAAAAUCCACGUGGAUUCACUGAGGAAAUUAAAGUCACGCAUUAGAAUGGGUUCCAUGAAACACUGAACAAAAUCUUGUCUACAUGAAAAGGCUAAUUCACUGAUCCCGCAGUCCUGGCCUGCAGGUGUUGUUGUUACAGUUCACUCCAACCUGUGUUCCCCUUGGCUACAUCCUGCCACAGGGACUUUGGGCUUGACAGAUUUCCCCAGCAGGCUAUAGGGCUGCCAAAUGUGAUUAAAUGUUUUCCUGGAGGUUUCAUCACAUGAUUUGCCCCCCAGGCUCAAGCCAUUAGUUGGUCAACUCAUCCAUCCUUGUGUCAUACUACCUUUCUACGCCAAGCGACAAGCAAAAAGACUCAUUACCCAAUUGGAUGAUGUUUGACCAUCAGCCAAGCAGCCUUUUUCCCCUCCAUUUUCAAUAUUUGUAUACCUGGUAAAGAGAAAUGUACAAAGAAAAUGACCAAAGAACCCAGUCUUUUUUAAUAUCAUGAUUUUUCUUCAGGGUUGCACAGAACAGUGUCCUGGAGAUCAUUCUUCAAUUCCUGGAGACCCCAGGCCAGUUCUGGAGAGUUAGCAACUCUAGCAGGCUGUUGGAUCCAUCAGGGCAAUGAUAGGAGUCGCACUCACACAACCCACUUAUCAUUUUGUUCUUUUCCAUUUUGAAUGUUACUGAGCUUCAGUCUUAUGAGGACCCAGGGAGACAUGAUGAAAAAGACUGCUGGUUGCAUUAUUGGGGUGAAUUGAACCCUAGAAUGCUGUUAACUCAAUGGAGUUGGUUUUGACUGUGUGUGGUAGUGUAAAACUGUUGACAAUGGAUUGGAAGCAUGUUCUACAUCUCUCCCUACAAUAACUUCAACAGAAAUAAAAAUCAGGGAAUUUGCUGACUCUA